GUAGUUUCGUUCGUUCCGUCGGCAUCUGGAGUAGCGAGGAGGCGGACUAGCAGCACCUUCACUCCCCACGCACCAUGGCUUCCCGAUUAGCCCUGAGCUGCUUUCUACUGACUUGCGUUGGCGUCUGCCUGGCGACUUUUGGACAUGAACAUGUUCAUAUUCGGGUGCAUAUACCUGAAGAGCAUCACUCUUCCAAAGAGGUGGUGAUACAUGAGAGCCAUGACGAGCACGGUCACGGCGGCGGCGGCGGCGGCGGCUACGGCGGAGGCGGCGGCGGCGGGCACGGGGGCGGCUAUGGCGGAGGCGGCGGCGGGGGUCACGGCGGAUCCUUCGUCGAACAUCUACACGGAGGGUUCGCCGAUUACUUGAAAGGCGGCGGAGGCCACGGCGGCGGCGGCGGCGGCCAUGGCGGCCACGGCGGUGGCUACGGCGGCGGCGGCGGCGGCGGUGGCGGAUUCGGCGGUGGUCACGGCGGUGGCCACGGAGGACAUGACUUUGGCGGAGGUCACGGAGGAUUCGACUUAGGCGGCCAUGGAGGCGGUGACUUCGGAGGUCACGGUGGCGGAGACUUUGGAGGACAUGGCGGCGGUGAUUUCGGUGGACAUGGCGGUGGUGAUAUCGGCGGUGGACACGGCGGUGGUCACGGCGGUGGUUUAGGUGGAGGUUUCGGGGGUGGCCACGGAGGAAGCUUCGGCGGUGACCACGGCGGCGGCCACGAUGACCACGGCCACAGUGGCGGCCUCGGCGGUGGAUUCGGAGGUGGUUUCGGAGGUGGAUAUGGAGGCGGUCACGGAGGCGGCGGCGGCGGCGGUGGCCACGACGAACACGAUCACGGUGGCGGCUUUGGAGGUGGAUUCGGAGGCGGAUUUGGCGGUGGAUUCGGUGGUGGCCACGGAGGUGGUGGCGGCCACGACGAACAUGAUCACGGUGGUUCCAUUGGCGGUGGAUUUGGCGGUGGUUUCGGCGGUGGUUUUGGCGGUGGCCAUGGAGGAUCAGGUGGCGGCCACGGAGGCGGAUUCAGUGCCAGUUUCGGAGGAUUCGGAGGCGGACAUGGAGGUGGCCACGAUGAUCACGGCAGCAGCUUCUCUGGUGGCCACGAUAGCUACAGUGGAGGUGGCGGAGGAGGAUAUUCAUCUGGAGGACACGGCAGUUCCGGAUUAGGAAGCUUCGGCAGCUUCGGCGGCGGCGGUGGUCAUGACAGCUACAGCAUCGGAGGAGGUCACGGCGGUGGUGGCGGUGGAGGUGGCCAUGACAGUUACAGUAUCGGAGGUCACGGAGGUGGUGGCGGCGGAGGAGGUCACGACAGUUAUAGCAUCGGAGGCCACGGAGGCGGCGGCGGCGGUGGAGGCCAUGACAGUUACUCCAGUGUAAGCUUCGACUCCUUCGGAGGAGGUGGCGGCGGCCACGGUGGAGGCCACGGCGGCGGUGACAGUUACAGCCUCGGCGGAGGUGGCAGUCACGGAGGCGGUGGAUUUGGAGGUGGUGAUAGCUACAGUGUUGGAUUUGGAGGGCACGGGUCCGGAGGUGACCAUGGAGGCGGUGGCCAUGGAGGGUUCAGCCUGGGAGACAUCGGGGGAGGCCACGGUGGCCAUGGAGGCGGGGGUUUCGGAGGUGAUAGUUACACGAACGCCAUAGGAGCCGGCCACGGCGGCGGCCCCUACCACAAACGGAAGUAAACCUCCGUAGUAUUAAUAAACCAACUAAGUCAUAGUCCUCAGACGCCGAUGGAUAUUGUAUCCAGUGCUAUAUAGUACAAGUUUUGUUAUUGUAAAUAGGUCGUAGGAUAAGUUAUUGUUGAUUGUU